AGUUGUUAAAUGAUAAUGAAAGUUGGCGCAGUCGGUCCUCACUGGCUCAGUGACUAUCUUUUCACGAAUAUAACGACAAGUUCGUUUAAAUAUAUCGCAAUCACAUCAGCCGCUUCAGUUGAUGCCCGUCAACCGUCGAAUGCGUUCGUUGCAGUGACAAUCUCACAUUGUCGAGUAACCGGAUUUAAGCGAAUCGAACAUCCUAGAAUCAGGGUCAAAAGACUGAUGGGACGAAGAGUCAUGUUAUACAACGUAUUGGGAACUUUGACGACCUCGCUGUUGAUUCUGAAUGCUAGACCUACCUCGAGUGCCCCGAUAUCCCAGCCGAAUAAUAACUCUACAGGCUUGCACUUACAUAUUCUGCACACAAAUGAUAAGCAUAGCAGUCAUUCUUCUAAUCAUAGGUUUGAACAAACAUCAGCAAGCUCGCAGACGUGCAGUGAUUCCGACGCGGUGAAAAACAAAUGCUAUGGAGGGUUUGCACGAUUGGCAACAGUGAUUAGAAAUGCUCGAGCUAGUAAUACCUCCGUGUUGUACCUCGAUGCCGGGGACACGUACCAAGGGUCCAACUGGUUCGUCGUACAUCGAUGGAACAUUGUCUCCAAAUUCCAGAACAUCUUAAGGCCAGAUGCGGUGUCUUUGGGAAACCACGAAUUUGACCACGGCGUCAACGGGCUGCUACCCUUUUUGAGAAAUGCUUCGUACCCGAUACUAGCAGCAAAUCUGAACCUGACAAAUGAGCCGGAGCUUCAGGCAACAAAACUGGCCAAAAGUACCAUCCUCGACGUUAACGGUACGCGAGUUGGCAUCAUCGGGUAUUUGACUCCGACAACGAAGAAUAUUGCUAAGACCGGGAACGUUAUAUUCGAAGAUGAAAUCGAAGCCGUAUCCAAAGAAGCGAGGCGACUCAAGAACAGUGGGGUUAACAUCUUGAUCGGCCUUGGACACUCUGGCUACCAGAUGGAUAAGAGAAUUGCCGCAGAGGUCGAGGACAUUGACCUCGUAAUAGGCGGCCAUACCAACACAUUUCUGAACAACGGAACUCAGCCAGAUUCUGAAGUAUCGGAAGGCUUGUAUCCCACACCGGUAAUCCAAAGUAGUGGUAGAACAGUUUACGUAGUCCAAGCUUAUGCCUACACCAAGUACGUCGGCAACCUUUCCUUAACUUUUGACUCCGAAGGUGAACUCACUCGUAUUGAAGGAAACCCCAUUCUCCUUGACUCAAGAAUUGAGCAGGCUAGGGAUGUUUUGGAAGAACUGGAGAACUGGAGACAACUGGUAGACAAUCUAGGUAUCAACUACGUUGGUAGCAGCCGCGUCCUUCUCAACGGGGAUCGCAAAACUUGUCGUCGCCAAGAAUGUAAUAUCGGAAAUUUAAUAACUGACGCGUUGGUUGAUUACAACAUGAGGCAAUACCGAGGAGCGCACGGAUGGACCGAUGCAGCUAUCGCAGUUCUGAACACUGGGGUUAUCAGAAGUUCCAUUCCCGCCAAGAGCCAGAUUACAGAGGCUGACGUCCUUUCUGUAUUGCCAUAUAGGAACGUACCUAUCACUGUUCUCAUGACCGGUGAGGUGUUGAGAUCGAUGCUUGAAUGGAGUGUUUCCUCAGUGACUAACGAUCUGAAUCAGGACGAUAGUGGCGCUUUUCUGCAAUUCUCCGGACUCCAGGUAACUUAUGAUUUUGGCAAGGUUCCUAACUCCAAGGUGGUUUCUGUAAGAGUUCGUUGUGCUAAUUGCUCUUUUCCUGAAUUUCGUGACUUGGACGAAAGAGAGAUGUACCCAGUGAUCAUUUCUGACUACUUGUAUGGAGGCGGUGAUGGAUUCAGCAUGUUACGUAACUUGAAAUCCAAACCAAUCGCAAACGGAACUUUUGUCGACGCUUUCAUUGGGUACCUGAAAGCACACAGCCCUAUUCAUACCCAAGUCGAUUGCAGGAUCACUGUCAUCAAUACCGACAGUCCGCGAUCAGUUGGCACCCCAACGGCUGCAUCCUAAAUGUACCAACUGAGGUGUAAAUAACGGUUGAAUUUGGGAAUUUAUUCUACACAUUGCUUCAAUGUUCUAAGAUUCAUACAUUGAUUUAAAAGUUGGGAUUGAUCUGUUAGGCCCUCAACUGAAAUAUCUUAAGAAUAAUUGGAGAAGGACGUUCAUAUCUAUAUAGUAAAUCAAAUUUACGUUUGGCAUGUUUUGAGUAAUAUUCGUGUGAUCUACGAAGAUCAUCCCUGCUAUUUCCGGUCCACUGUAAAUAGCUUUCGAGAAGUAGAUUCGUGAGUUAGUUACAAUGGAACCAGCAGUUAGGGUGACAGCGGUAGUUACAGCAUCAGUAUAGUUACUUCGCCACGAAUUAUCUGGUUCGAGGUUACCGUAGAAUUGAUUAACCGAACCUUUGUUGUAUUCAAGUUGAGGAAUGAAUUCCAAAAAUCCUGUAGGAAGAAUAUCAACAAUCAGUGCAUCAUGUGAGAAUGCUGUAGUUUAUCACUCAAACUAACGCAAGACCGUACGGUUUAAUUUUAAUUUAAAGAUUUUUUUUUAUUAAUUUUCCAAUCCUGACGAGUACAGAGCUGCAUCUUGUGGAAUUCGCGCUGGAAUUUUUACCUACUUGGCUAACUUCUCUUUGGAGAACUGAUGUCGAUCAUAAAAUAAUAUCGCAUGUAUGCUAUUAAAUCAGUCAUCGUUGUUAUUAAAUAUUUUAAGAUCCAGAAUGAAGUUCAGUAGUAUACGCCACUGCCAUUCGCCGUGUCAAUUGACUUGUGAAUUAUUGAAGUAAUUGGAUAUUAUAAUCUCCAACGAUUCAAACUAUGAAACAGAAGGCAAAAAAAAAAUAAAAAAAUAUUGAAAAACG